UAAGACCCAGUUGGCUCUUCAGCAGUUGACCUCAGUUGCCACAAAUGGUUCUGCGGCUCCCUAUGCUUUGUUAAAUCAGGCGUUUCUGAAAAUCGCGAUGUUUAGCCCUAGAGGAACUUUACCUCAGAGGCCGAGAGGACCUAAUCCAGCUGGCACAAAGCCUCAAGGCUCCUUUAGGGGAGGGGGCACGGCAGGGCUGCAGAGAAAGCCGGUCCCUGGAGCGCCGCAAGGGAUGGCACCGCGAUUCUCGGGACAGGAAAUGUUUCAGUGGACGGGAUCGCAGAGGACGAAUGUUCAGGUAACUCAGCACAGAGCUGAUCCGAGGCAGGUAAAAGAGAAGACAAACCUACACCAAGAGCACAAGGGAGAAGGUCGUACGAGUCGCUGGGACAGCAGCCCCUGCACAGCUGGCGGGACAACCGGGCAAAAGCUGCCUGCUUCUGCACGGAUCCCGGAGCAGAAUUCCAAUGCCCAGAACCGGUACACAACAGAAAGCGCAUCCAGCAUUUUGGCGAGCUUUGGGCUGUCCAAUGAAGAUUUGGAAGAGCUCAGUCGCUAUCCCGAUGAGCAGCUAACCCCUGAGAAUAUGCCGCUGAUCCUGAGAGAGAUAAGGCUGCGGAAAAUGGGCAGGCCAUUGUCCACCUUGCAUCCUCGGAGCCGAGGGAAAGACGCAGUUGGCAGUGCGAGUGGUCCAGCAGUCAAGAGCAAAGUGAUUGAUUACGGUCAUGCAAGCAAAUACGGUUACACUGAAGAUCCUCUUGAGGUGUGUGUUUACAAUCCUGAAGUACCAACUGAGGAUCCUCUGGAAGUGCGUGUCUAUAAUCCCGAAGUAUCAAGUGGAGAGAGCAGGGAAGACUUCCCGCGGGAUCAGAGUAUGUCCAUGGGUGUCCCGCAGCCCAGUGUGCCGUGUAACCCAGUGUUUCCUGUUGAGGAGCUGAUGAAACAGAUGGGUUUCCAGAAUGAGUCUUCCAAUAGCCGGUCGUUCUUUGCAGCGGAGGCGACCGGGAAGGUGUCUGGAUUGUGCGCACCUGCCGGGCUCUCCGUGGUGAAGCCGGUGUCGCAGCCCGCGGUUCCGUCGGUCAUCCCCCCGAUGAUGCCACCUAUAAUGCCACCCUUGGCACAGCCGAUGAUGCCGCCUGUGAUGCCACCUCUAGUGCAGCAGCCUGUGACCCAGCAUGUGAUGCCACCCCUGCCCCAGCCACCCUUUUCAGCGGAGCUCCUUGCAGCUGUAAGCCAGCAUGAGAGAAUUCCGCAGGAAUCCGGGCCGAGCGUGGCCGGGGUGCCGAGUGUCUCGGGAGCGGGCCAGAAGCCCUUCCCGACGCAGACCGAAGGGCCCCUCAAGUCUCCUUUUGCUCUCGUGAAAGCGCCUUGGCUUCCUGCAUUCCCCCAGCCGGACGCCCAGAAGAUCAAAAGGUUGCCCACCCCCUCGAUGAUGAAUGACUACUAUGCCACAUCGCCACGAAUAUUCCCACAUAUGUGUUCUCUGUGUAACAUUGAAUGCACUCAUAUGAAGGACUGGAUCCUGCACCAGAACACCCCUCCGCACAUCGAAAGCUGCUGUCAGUUACGUCAACAAUACCCCGACUGGAAUCCUGAGGCUCAUUCCUCAAAGAGAAAUGCUGUCGAGCGCAAAGAAAACCAGACGCCCAAGCGCCGCUCCAGCUCGGCCAGCCCCAGCCCGCGGCGCUCCCGGGGCCCCCCGCAGCGCUCGAGGAACCCGCUGAGGACCAGCCCGCGCCCGCAGAGAUCCUCCAGCAAUGACUGGGCCGCACGGAGGAGCGCCCGCUCUCCGGACAAAAAGGCAACUUUGGAGGCGGUGGUGAAAAGUCUGGGGCCUGGCUUUGUAGCAGAGUUCAAUAAGCACAAACCUCCCCAAGCUGCUGGGCCAGGGUCUUCAGGAGCAGGAAAAUCACCACCUUCCCAUGGAGUCCUAGGGAAGAUGCCUGGAAAUAUGAAGAAGCCGCUGAAAACGAGUGUGUCUCCAAAGGCUUCGAGGAGAGACUUGUCCCCUCUGCAUGGCUCAAGUGCUUCUAAAUCCAAGUCUCCUGAACUGGAUGAUUCACCCCAAAACAGAGAAAUGGAAGAGGAUGAGGAAGAUUUAUUCCUGGAAAACAGUGGUCCUUGUCCUACUGCAUAUAAUAGGCUGUUGAGAGAGGAACUGCUGAACUGUGGGACAGUCCUUCAAAUAUCUGAUUUACCAGAUGAUGGCUUUUCUGAUCAAGAUAUUAAAAAAAUUGUCCAGCCAUUUGGCAAAGUUAGUGAUCUCCUUGUGCUCCGCUCCAGGAAUGAGGCCUUCUUAGAAAUGAACUACAGAGAAGCAGUGAUAGCAGCCGUGAAAUACGGGGAAACUGUGCCAGUGCUGCUCAAUGGGAAACGGGUGAAGAUCAGCGUAGCGGAGAAGCCAAAGCUGCCUCCUGGCCAGGAACUUGAUGAUACAUGUGUGGUUCUUAUUUCAAACCUGCCUGAAAAAGGAUAUUCCGCUGAGGAAGUUUCCAACCUAGCAAAGCCAUUUGGAGGACUGAGAGAUGUCUUAAUUUUAUCAUCUCAUAAAAAGGCCUAUCUAGAAAUAAAUAGGAAAUCAGCAGAUUCGAUGGUUAAGUUUUAUACGUGCUUUCCAAUGUCCCUGGAUGGAAAUCAGCUCUGCAUCAACAUGGUACCUCCGUACAAGACUCUAAAAGAUGAGGAAGCAAUAUUUACUGCUCUUAUUAAAGAUUCUGAUCCUAAGGUAAAUACUGAAACUGUACAUAAUAAAUUUGUGCAUCUUGGGAACUUGCCGGAUGAUGGAUACAGAGAACUUGAAGUGGUUUGUGUGGGACUGCGAUUUGGGCGAGUGGAUCAUUAUGUGGUGCUGAAGAACAGGAACAAGGCAAUCCUACAGCUGGAAAGUGCCAAGUCGGCUAAAUCCAUGCACUGCUUCCUGCAGGAGAAUCCGUACGGCAUGGGUGGACACACGCUGACCUGCACGCUGUCGCCCCGUGCAGGGGCUGCUGAGGAAUCUUCCUCUGUUAGUAAAACGUUUCUAAAGGCAGUGGUGUCUCUUCCUGAUAUAUCAAGGGCGAGGGUCCUGGUACGGAGAAAUGAGACUUGCCUGUGCAAAGGAGAAGAGCAAAAGGUGUUCUGGAAAGCUGAGCCCCGAAGCCAAGGCGCUGCGGAGAAGAGAGUCAUGUCAAGACAGGUGGGUCCCCCGCGACCUGGUGGCAACAAAUCAAGUCUGUCGGAUGGCAGCGGCAAAGCUAAAGUGACCAGAAGUGCUCCUGGUGAUGAGAAGGGAGGCGAUGGGAGGAAUCCGUCUCAGCAGGAGAAGGUCUCACGAGUGGAAUCUAGGGCUAGUUCAAAGCAGUCUCAAGACAGAGAGAGUAGAUCAUCCAGCAUGAAGAAAGACAGCAGCAGCAACAAGAGUUCUGUUGGUGGGAGUGCUAGAACUUCAAAGAGCAGCGGGAGCAGCAGUGCGAAGCAGAAGGAGGAAGAAGAGCUUUUCCCCUUCAAUCUGGAUGAGUUUGUUACUGUGGACGAAGUAAUCGAGGAAAUCGAGUCUCCCGUGCGGACUCGGAGAAAUCCCCCGCGGGGCAAGAGAAGAGACACUCCUAAAACGACCUCCUCGGAGCCGAGCUGCAAACGGAGGAAAGGCAAGAGCUGCGUGAGCCGCGCUGCCGAGAGCGAGCUCUCCUUCGUCACCUUGGAUGAGGUUGGGGAGGAGGAGGACGUGGCCGCGCAGCUCCUGGGGGCUGCUCCUCUGGACGCGCUCCCGGAUCCCCAGGGCCUGGUCGUGGUGGAUGAAGUCACCGAGGAGGAGGAGCUCCUGGCGGAAGCAGUGAAGGAUCCGCAGUCGCUCCUCACUCUGGAUGAGAUUUCCGAGCAGGAAGACCCUGCUUUCCAUAAAGAUGCCCCUGGGGCAGAUUUUGAGGAGCCAGACCUGAAAGCAGAGCCCCUAGUAACUGUAGAUGAAAUAGGUGAGGUGGAAGAGCUGCCUUUAAACGAGCCUGCGGAUUUAAAUAGUGACAAUGCAGGGAAGCAGAAGGAGGAUGACAAAGACUGUGGAGAUUUUGUUUCCUCUCAGGUGCCUGAUGAUCCCAGUGCUUUGGUGACGGUAGAUGAAAUACAGGAGGACAAUGAAGAUGCCCCGCUAGUGACGCUAGAUGAAGUCAAUGACGAUGAAGAUGAUUUUCUGGCAGAUUUCAAUUGCCUAAAAGAGGAGCUAAACUUUGUUACAGUGGAUGAAGUUGGAGAGGAGGAUGAGGAAGAAGACUCCUUCACGGAGAAAAAUCUGGGUGAGGAUGAAGAUGAAGAUAUUGUUGCUGUUGCAGGCCCCGAAGAGGAGGAUAUUGCUGCCACUGUGGGAACGGAAGAGGAAGAUAUUGUUGCUGUGGCAGGACCAGAAGAAAUGGAAAUUCUAGGAGAUAUGAGCCCAGAAGAAGAAAUUAUUGCAAUCUCAAAGUCAAAAGGAAGGGAAUCUCCAGCAGGUUCCAGUGGAGAAGUUGAAAGUAAGAUGCUUGCAGCAGGUGGACAGGAGAUGGGCAAAAAGAUCCCUGCAGCAAGAAAAGGGGAAACUGGAAAACAUGACAUUUCUGACAAAGUUAUUGACAGAGAUACUAGAAAAGAAACAGAGACUGCCAGCAAACGGCAGCUUGAAGCCAGCAGGAAGUGCGGCGCCGACACCUCCAGAACGAUGCCGUGCUGCCCGGGAGUCCUGGAGCAGCCUUUGGACCUGGGUGUCCCCGGCAGCUGUUGUGUGCUCUCUCUCUCAGAUUUGGAUUUCCUUGUUCCGAAGCCUGGCUUUUUCUGUCAGAUCUGUUCUCUGUUCUAUGCAGAUGAAAUAUCUGUGAGAAACCACUGCAGGACAGCGCUUCACCAGCAGAAUAUGGAGAAAUUCAUGGCCAAGAAGAAGGAAGAGGAUAACAACAGGGAAGAGCGAAGCUCAAGGUGAUCAGAGGAAAGAAGAAUUCUUUCAGUAAUUUAAACUUAGGGUCCAGUCAAUUUUGUGUAUUUUGUUAUGAUUUAAUUUGUAAUUUUGUUUCGGAAGCAAGCAUUCACAUUGUACAGAUCUGA